AUGACGACAUCACUGUUCACUUUCUCCUCCACUUCAAGAAGAGUCGUCCCAGCUCCAAACUCUCCUCCUCUUCCCAUAUACAUCAAAGCCACAAAUGUCGUUUUCAACCCUGAUAUACCAGAUGUUCAUCGCGGCCUCGGACUUGAUGAUUUUGUCAAUUUCCUAGUCUCCUGCCGACUUCGAUACGCCAUCAGUGAGGUUCCAUCAGAGUUCUUUCCCGAACAAGUAUGUGAGUUCUACUACACUGCAACGGUUAAUGAUGAAAACAACGUCAUCUCUGGGACUAUUAGGCGUGGCCGACACUCCGUUUUUAUCACCGCUGAUCUCCUCAGUGCUGCGUUCAGGUUACCAAUCUUUGAACCAUUCUCUGAGCUUCCAACUAUUGAACGUUGUCGAUGCCUCUUUGAUCAACUGUGCUAUGAUCACUCAAAGGAUGGUGCUCGAUCAGCUCUCAUUUUGCGUCAAUGUAUGACUCCAGGAUGGAAGUUCUUCACUUGGGCUCUGUGCAAAUGUAUGGGUCACAAAUCUCGCAGUGGUGAUCAACUGAGUAAUUGUGAGCAACAAGUUGUCUGUUCCCUUCUUCUCAACAAACAUUUUGAUUAUGGGGCUUUCUUCUUUGAUCAGCUUGUCCAACUUCUUCGUGCCAAUGUACGAGUUGAUCAUGUCCCCUUUCCACACUGGAUUGCUCUUGUCCUAGAUAAAUUUUUCGCUGAAGCCUACUACUCCUACUCUGGAAACCCCAUCCAAUGCCCACGCAUGUCAGUGCGAAUGUAUCAGGAUGAUCCAAUGGAAAAUGACAUCGGCAUCUCUGAUCGAAUGAGAGAAUGGAUCGCAAAUCUAUAUACUGUUCCUUCACUAACCGCUAAUACUAAUGAAGGAGCUGAUGGUAACAACGAAGAUCAUGCUGAUCAACAAGCUGAAACGCAGGACGGUGGUCAUCUCUCCCCUCAACUUUCUCAUCAUACUCUUUCUGUCACUGAGAGGGUUCACUCAGCUCAAGGGGAGCAACCAUCUCAGGGGGAGCACCCAUCCCAGGGAGAGUAA